CUGUAUGUUACCGGAGAUACACGCAUGUUUAUACUGGGCGACGAUGCAGACUCACAUUGCUGCUCUGAUACUGGUCGUUGUGAUUAUUGGGUGCAUCAACAUUGCAGCAUGCGAGGGCCCCUGGUGUUAUGACUGUGACAAGGCUGUGAAGCCUGGUUCUUGUGGGGAGAUUAUCAAGUGCAAAGACGACGAACAAUGCUAUGCUUCAUCGACAGGAAUCAGUCCAACGCAGUACACAGCGGGGUGCAGAAAGAAACAGCUAUGUCAAGGUACAGGGUCGGUGUUAGGCGGGAGCAGCCCGCACGGGUGUGAGGAAUGUUGUAUCGGCGACCACUGCAACUCCAAGCUGUGUGGCGGACUCCCUGUUCCUAUGGGAGGUAGCCGACUGUGUCUGCAGUGCGAGGCAGUUCUCCAUCCCAGCCAGUGCUCCACAGUGUCCAAGUGUGGCCAGGAUAAGUACUGCUCAAUUUGGAAGAGGCGCAGGUUUCAAAUGACGUUUUAUGACCUCGGUUGUCUUGAGAAGACGGAAUGUGACGGACACAUGAAGGGGGUGGAUGAACUCUCUCAUGGAGGCUUCAUAUGCUGUAAUGAUGAUUUGUGUAACAGCCAUGAAAACAACAACCACCUGACGCCAGCACCAACUCAACCUGCUACAACCACAUCUCAGCCUGCAACCACAAUCAGAACGGGAAACAUAAAAUGUAAAAAGUGUGCGUUCGUCCAACAGCCAGCCUUUUGCUCGAGCGAGACAGACUGUGGACCAGACCAGUAUUGCUCAGUGCGAGAAGUCUUCAGGUUUGGACUGGCCUUCUAUGAACUUGGAUGUGAAGAGAAGACGGAGUGUGUAGGCCACAUGAAGACUUUGGGCGAAAGAGGGUUCCGCUGUUGUAAUGAAGAGCGUUGUAACGCUAAUGCCAACCCAGUGACUGGCAGAACAACACCAGCAAUUACAACUCCUGCAACUACUGAAACAUCAGCAUCACCAACAAAGACGGCUUCUCUUCCACCAACAACCACACUCAGAAGGGGGAACAUAAAAUGUAAAAAGUGCGCGAUCGUUGAACAGCCUUCCUUUUGCUCAAGCGAGACAGAGUGUGGACCAGACCAGUAUUGCUCAGUUCGAAAAGUCUUCAGAUUUGGAAUUACCUUCUUUGAUCUUGGAUGUGAAGAGAAAACGGAGUGUUUAGGCCACAUGACGACUUUGGGUGAAGCAGGGUUCCGCUGUUGUAAUGAAGAUCGCUGUAACGCUAACGUCAACCCCGUUACUGGCAGUACAGUACCAUCAGUUACCACUCCUUCAUCUCCUGACACAUCAACGCCAUCAGCAACCUCUUCUUAUCUUCCCACUAUGGCCCCUGACAUAUUGAACAGGAACCAGACUGUAAACGUCAUCGCGGGAAAAACUGUUCUUCUGUUGUGUAAUGUAACCGGCAACCCUGAGCCAUCGGUCACAUGGACAUAUGAUAAACAGGGGAACCCAAAUGCCCACCCGAAGGGAUCAACGUUGGCGAUAUCGUCCGCAAACGAGAAAAACGAGGGAAUAUACAGAUGUGUCGCUAACAACACUCUUGGAUCCAAGGAGGGCAUUGUCCAUCUGCAUGUUAUAGAGCCAGUUACUGUGAAAGGGGAGCCUCCCAUUGUCGUCAUCAACCCUGGAAUGAGGAUUGUUAGGCUGAAAUGCGUGGGAGAAGGGAUUCCUCCACCUUCCGUUACCUUGAGUAAAUAUGGCGAAGACAUCACCGCUGAUAAGUCGUAUGCACACCUUCGUCCUGCCGAGAUACUGAUCAUGGGGAUCACAGAGGCCAACGUGCUGAAGUAUGAUGGUGUCUAUGUCUGUAAUGCUACAAAUGGGCACACGUCAGCUUCAGCCUAUCAGAUUGUUGCUGGCAAUGUAACGAGGAUGCUAGCAGAAAAUGUUCCAUUUAAUAAUAUCAGCACCACGCCAUUGAAAGCAUUUCAUGCCCUUUGUCCACCUGGAAGCACACAGCCGGAUUCAUCUCCCAUCACCACUGAGUUUGAUCUGGGUGAGCCAGUAUGUACUUCAGCAAGGAAAGUUGGUCUUAUUGAUACAGAUGCUGGCUCGGUCACGUGGCUUAUCAGACCUAAUGGCAAAGCACUGUUCUUAAAUGGCUCCAUGACGGUGGACCUUAAACAAUUAAGUACCACUUCAAUCCCUCUGACGUCAACAAUCGCAUCUUCCCUAGCGUCUUCAACAGCAACUUCUUCUCUACCCCUCAUUGCCCCUGAUAUAUCAAACACAAACCAGACUGUGAACGCCAUCCUUGGAGAAACGGUUCUUCUGUUCUGUAACGUGAGCGGAAACCCGACCCCAUCCGUCACCUGGGAAUAUGAUAAAUCGGUGAGCCCAAAUGCCCAUCCCAAGGAAUCAACACUGGCGAUAUCGUCCAUUGUGAAGCAAAACGAAGGAAUAUACAAAUGCGUCGCAAACAACUCACAAGGGAUAAAAGAGGCCAUUGUCCAUGUGCAUGUCACAGAGCCAGUUUCUGUGAAAGGGGAGCCUCCCAUUGUGGUCAUUAGCCCUGGAAUGAGGAUUGCUAGGCUGAAAUGCGUGGGAGAAGGGAUUCCUCCACCUUCCGUUACCUUGAAUAAAUAUGGCGAAGACAUCAGCGCUGAUAAGUCAUAUCUUCACUCGGGUCCUGCCGAGAUACUGAUCAUGGGGAUCACAGAGGCCAACUUGCUAAAGUAUGAUGGUGUCUAUGUCUGUAACGCUACAAAUGGGCACACCUCAGCUUCAGCCUAUCAGAUAGUUGCGAUCAAUGUGACAACGCCAGUCGAUGGACACGUACCAUUCAACAACAUCAGCACCACACCAUUGAAAGCAUUCCAUGCAAUGUGUCCACCAGGCCUCACGGGACCAGAUGGAUCUUCCAUUACCCACGAGUUUAACCUCGAUGAGGUUGUAUGUACUUCAGCCAGGAAAGUGGGUAUUAUUGACACAAAUCCAGGCCUUGUCACGUGGCUUAUACGGCCUGACGGCAAGGCGCAGUUUCUCAAUGGAUCUCUCAGUGUGGACCUUGGGCAAGUUAACACGUCUGCGGCAAUCACGACACCGUCCACAUCUGUGAACUCAAGUGUGCAAGUUACAUCAACACUGCCCACCAUGCUGUCACAGUCUCUUUCUAUGCAACCCUCCACCAUGUCAAAUAUCCAGAGUAUAGAAUCUUUGAUAACAGCUUUCAGCCAUACGAUGUCGAUAAUGGCCACGUCCGCCUCCUAUGCUACACAUGUCCCCUUGGCUUCCCUACUUGCCCCAUCAAACAACGUGAUCAUGUCACACUCAUCUGAGGCUGUAACGUCAUCCUCACAAAGCCUGUUUCUGCCGCCAUCACUGACAGCACCUGAAUCAUCAUCACAUACCAUGCUAAUGACAUCCUUUCCAUCUAGCCUUACAUCACCAUCCAUGCCAAGUGGGGGUACUUAUGCUUCCUCAAAGGACAUGUCAUCCUCUGAAGAGUUAUCCUUCUCCUCAUCCCAAACUGUGGCAAUUACCUCUCUUCCUUCAAGUAUAAUAUCAUCAGAGGCCAGUGCAGGUGCUUCUACUUCCUCAAAAGGCGCGACAUCUUGGAUGACGUCGAGUUCACCAUCACCUACUUUGGCAAUGACCUCUCUUCAAUCCAAUAUGAUAUCUUCAUCACAGCCCAGUCCAGGUACUUAUGCUUCCUCAAAGGCUGUGUCAUCGAUGUUGUCAUCUGAAACUUUGCCAUACCCAUCAUCAGACACUGUUGCAAUGGUCUCUCUUCCUUCUAGUAUUAUAUCAUCAGAGGCCAGUGCAGGUACUACUGCUUCCUCAAAAGGAGCGUCAUCAGGGAUGAUGUCGAGUUCUCUAUCACCUACUUUGGCUUCAUCAAAGGCAAGUGCAGGUACCUAUGCUUCCUCAAGGGGUGUGUCGUCAUCUGGAAUGGAGUCGAAUUCCCCAUCACCUGGUUUAGAAAUGACCUCCGUUCCUACCCGCAUGAUAUCGUCACCAGAGACAAGUACAGGUGCAUAUGCUUCUUCAAGGGGCGUGUCAUCAUCAAUGUCGUCAUCUGAAUCUUUGCCAUACUCAUCAUCACAAACCGUGGCAAUGACCUCUCUUCCAUCCACCAUGAUAUCUUCAUCAGAGGCAAGUGCAGGUACUUAUGCUUCCUCACGGGGUGUGUCAUCAUCUGGGAUGGCAUCCAGUUCAUCGUCACUUGUUUUAGAAAUGACCUACGUUCCUACCGGCAUGAUAUCGUCAUCAGAGGUAAGUACGGGUACUUAUGCUUCCUCAAAGGGUGUGCCGUCAUCUGUAUUAGGGUCGAAUUCCCCAUCACCUACAUUAGCAAUGACCUCUCUACCUUCCACCAUGAUAUCUCCAUCAGAAGCAAGUGCAGGUUCUUAUUCUUCCUCCGAGGGUGUGUCAUCAUCUGGAAUGCGGUCGAAUUCCCCAUCACCUACAUUAGCCAUGACCUCCGUUCCUACCAGCAUGAUAUCGUCAUCAGAGGCAAGUGCGGGUACCUAUGCUUCCUCAAGGGGAGUGUCGUCAUCUGGGAUGGCAUCAAGUUCAUCAUCACCAGCAUUAGAAAUGACCUCCGUUCCUACUAGCAUAAUAUCGUCACCAGAGGCAAGCGCAGGUACUAGUGUUUCCUCAAGGGGAGUGUCAUCAUCUGGGAUGGCAUCCAGUUCAACGUCACUUGUUUUAGAAAUGACCUCCGUUCCUACCGGCAUGAUAUCGUCAUCAAAGGUAAGUGCGGGUACUUAUGCUUCCUCAAAAGGUGUGUCGUCAUCUGUAAUGAGGUCGAAUUCCCCAUCACCUAAUUUAGCCAUGACCCCUCCUCCUUCCACCAUUAUAUCUUCAUCAGAGGCAAGUGCUGGUUCUUAUUCUUCCUCAAGGGGAGUGUCGUCAUCUGGGAUGGCAUCAAGUUCAUCAUCACCAGCAUUAGAAAUGACCUCCGUUCCUACUAGCAUAAUAUCGUCACCAGAGGCAAGCGCAGGUACUAGUGCUUCCUCAAAGGGUGUGUCAUCAUCUGGGAUGGCAUCAAGUUCAACGUCACUUGUUUUAGAAAUGACCUCCGUUCCUACCGGCAUGAUGUCGUCAUCAGAGGUAAGUGCGGGUACCUAUGCUUCCUCAAGGGGAGUGUUGUCAUCUAGGAUGGCACCAAGUUCAAUAUCACCUACAUCAGCAAUUACCUCUAUUCCUUCCAGUAUAUAUUUAUCACAGGCAAGUGUAGUUACUUCUGCUUCCUCAAAGGGUGUGUCAUCCUCUGGGAUGGCAUCAAGUUCAUCAUCACCAGCAUUAGAAAUGACCUCCGUUCCUACUAGCAUAAUAUCGUCACCAGAGGCAAGUGCAGGUACUUAUGCUUCCUCAAAGGGAGUGUCAUCAUCUGGAAUGGGGUCGAAUUCCCCAUCAACUUUAUUAGCAAUGACCUCCGUUUCUAACAGCAGGAUAUCGUCACCAGAGGCAAGUGCAAGUACUUAUGCCCCCUCGAGAGGAGAGUCAGCAUCUGAAUCCUUGCCCAGUUCAUCAACCACCAUCUCAUUGUCUGUUCCUGCUUCUAGUGUGUCGUCAGCGGCCUAUCUUUUUCCCUCACAAAGCUCAGUGAAUCAAAUGUUAUCUUCACAUCCAGCAGUAUCUCCAUCGGGAUCAAUCUCUUUUACAUCUUUCCUCCCAACACCAACAUCCAGCCGGGUGUCGCUCCCUGCUGCUGUCACUUCCAGCCUCCUAUCAACGGCUAUUACUAAUUUACCCUCAGCAUCCGCGUUGCUGUCAGACAUAAUCUCCCCUUCCUCCUCUCUGCUUUUGCCUGGUCGGUCUUCAGCCAUACCAGGGACCUACAAACAAGAACCCCCAACGACUGAAGGAACAACGAUCACUACAACAAUACCAAGAGUUGCACCAAGCAUUUCAAAUCCCAGUCAGAACGUCAAUGCAUUUUUCGGGGAAAACGUCAUCCUGUCAUGUGAUGUCACAGGAGUGCCGCAGCCAAGUGUCACGUGGUACUAUAACACACAGGAUAUUUACAAUGCCAAGCCUGAUGGAAACAACUUAAGCCUUGCGUACGUAACUAACGACAACACUGGCGACUACACCUGUGUGGCUGAGAACUCAGUCGGUGUGGCUAAUGGAACAAUACAUGUAAAGAUAAACAAGCCGAUAACAAUUUCUGUGGAGAAGCCAGUAGUGGUCCUGGAGCCUGACAGUGUUACACAGUUGUUGUGUAAAACUAAAGUUCAACCGCCUCCUAAAUUUACUUGGAGCAAAUACGGCGGACGACUGGACCUGUCUACCGACCCAUCAAUUGUAGAUUUUGGAGACGGGGAGAUGCUCCUGACAGGCGUCAACAAGACAAAUAUUCAACAAUAUGAAGGAAUAUAUAUCUGCCACGCUGAUAAUGGUGUAUCUACAAAUGAGGCGUAUGUGGUUGCUGCUGACAAUAUUACCAAGACACUCGACAAUAGUAAAAAGUUUAGUGAAAUUGGCAUGAAACCUGGAGAGGCUUUUCAUGCCAUCUGUGUUCCUGGGACUGUGGGCGCUGACGGUUCAUCACUGCCAACCAGAUUUGCAUCUACUGACUCUAUUUGUGAUUCAGCCAGGAGGGUUGGUGUUCUCGCUAAAGACGCUGGACCUGUCACGUGGUUUAUAAGGCUCGAUGGCAAGGCUGAGUUUGUGAACGAGACGAAAGGAGCAGUAUUGUCCAUUGCUGACGCUCCAACUACACGAGAUGUACCAACGUCACAACUGCCCGACAAAGCAACUAUAGUUAAAGCAUCUCUCUCCUGUGAGACGUGUUCUGGUCCUCGCUGCGGUAUGGUUCCUGGAUCAGACACCCAAUGUCCAAGUAUGACACCCUUCUGCAUGACCACUAUCAACACCAAGGCUGACGGAAGGAAGUCAGUUACUAAAAGCUGUGCCUCAGUUAACGACUGUGAGACGAAGUGGUGGCAGCUAACAUCGGAUGAUAACAAAUGUGAGAAACUUGUGCCAGGAAACCCAUACUACCAAGACUUCACCUGCAGCUACUGCUGCAUCGAGUCAGGAUGUAACAAGGACGGGAUCCCCAAGAAGGACACACUGUACAAAGGGAAUAUAUAGUGAUGGACAGAUGACAGAUUCCAGAGUCCAAUUAAACACAACAAGUUUUAUUGUAUGUUGCUUCCGUGGACAUGUCAAUAUCAAAAUUGCACAUUACCGCAAAUGUGUAUGACAAUCGCAUCAAACCUAUAACUUACGACAUGUAUAUGCAUAUAUUGGAACAUCCCUCGUAUAUACAGUGAGGAGAUAGUAAACUGAGGAUGUAAUAGUCGACGACCUUAACUGAAACGUUUUCAAAUUUGUAUGAACACGUUGUAAGAAAAAAAAAAAAUCUCUUUGAUCAAUUUAUUAAGAUCUGAUUUUGAAACUUCAGUAGCACUCGGUGUGUGCUGACAGGAAAGAAACAAUGACAGUGUACCAUGUACUCGUGCACUAAUCAGACAGCUGCUUCAAACAUACGAUUUCUAGUAUGGGUAAAAGUCUUUUCCAAUGAUAAUAGUUCGGUAAAGACACCACUAUUCCCUGGCAUGUAUCACGCGUUAUUCCUACAACAGAGAUUCCCCUUACCGUUACAGAUAUUAUCAAACUCUUCUCAAUUACGUUGUCAUCAAAGAACUUUAUGAAAAAAACACAGAUAUGUUGUACAACUUGGUCAUGGUUAGAUGGCCAAGAAAAUGUAUGCCACACUAGAUAAGUUUAAGCAUAUAAACAUAAGAUACAUUUUUUCAUUUGUUUGUGAUCAUAAUGAGUAAGUAUGUUGGGGUCAACGCCACUUUGAACAGUAUUUCUGUUAUAUGGUGAUUGCCAAUUUCAUAUGGAUGUUAGCUCGAAUGUAAGCGACGCACGUCUCAGAUGGUUAUCACUGUGAUGAAACCUAAAAACGUGAGUUGGUGUUGCAACCAAAGAUUCCCAAUUAAGUCAGUGGAUCCAGGUCCGACUAAGCAAGACAAUUCUGCACAGCGAAUUUCGGCGCGUUACACGACUAGGCUACCAUAUUAAUUUUUAAUGCGUCUUCAAUAUUAACAUUUCAGUUUAAUUAUUUUUGUAUUUCAAAAUAAUAAUCACCUCAUACCUGAUAACCUUAAAACUGCUUAUCAUUAAUACCCCAACAUGUCUGUUAUAGAUAUCUGCUUGCUCUGUGUAACUACUGAAUGUUACUGUAAGCUGUUUUCAAAGUUGUAGAAAUAACACGUUUCAAUACAGUGAAUCUUCGCAUACA